AUGGUUACUAUCGGCAUGGUAAAAACGCGUAAACUUUUGCCUUUACCGCUUAUUUUUCGACGUAAUUUUCAGCAAUUGAAAAGUGUACCUUCAGUUAUAGAAACUGUUUAUGCACCUCCUAAAAAACUUAACCCAGCUGAGGAAACAGGUUUUGUGGGUUUAGGAAUACGACCACAAAUUUGUGAUGCAUUGGACCAACAUUUUCGUAUAAUAACACCGACACACUGUCAAAGAAAGAUAAUACCACCAAUAUUAGAAGGCAGAGACGUGAUAAUACGUGAUUUGACCGGAUCCGGCAAAACAUUUGGUAUAAUACUUGCAUUACUCAAUAAACCUCGAGCACAUACCAAGAUCAAGGUCGUAGAAAGAAUUAAUCAGUUCCAACAAAGACCAUCGAGAUUUCCAUCAAAAUCAUCAUCACCACAAACGCGAAAGAUAAUACGACAUGGGCCACCAUGCAUAACGAGUGUCGUGGUGCUCCCGAGUCGUGAACUCGCUUUCCAAGUGGAAGGAUGGAUCCGCUCAUUAUUACAGAAUGUGGGGUUUCCCUCAUUAAAACCGAUUAUUCAAGUAGUCGUUCGUGGGCAAGAUAUUGAUCCUGAUGAACAAAUAAAAGAUUUACUUGAGAAUCCACCACAUUUGCUGGUUGGCACAGCAACACGAAUAGAAGAAAUUGUGAAUGAACGUAAAGUGGAUUUUAAAUUUUUGAAUACUUUGGUGCUUGAUGAAGCUGAUCAUUUACUAAGGUUACCAGGAAAACAUGCUCCCUUGAGACGCAUCGCGAAUCGUGAUAAGCAUCCAAAACCUGCAGAACUGUUAACCAGGGAAAUCAUGGAACAAGCAUCCAGUAAACCUCAGAUGAUUGUCGCGUCGGCGACUGUGAAUUACGGGUUACGGCAUUAUUUCAAUUUCAAUAGAUUUGUAAUGAAUCCACUAUUCAUCGAUGUUACUGGUGGUACAAUAACCCCACCAACUAUAUCACAUCAUUGUCUAAUGGUAGGUUCAACAGCAAUCAGAAAUAUCAGUCCAAAAAUAGAACUAACCGAAGAGGAAAAAAUAGCAAAAAGCAGAGAAUAUUAUGAAUUAAAGAAGCAAAGGCGUUAUGCUGGUGAUAGAUACAACCAUAAUCAUAACCCUUGUAAUGAUUAUGAUAUUCAUGAGAAUAUAAAUAAUUAUGAUUGCGAAGGUAACAAUAAGCUUGCUGAUAGAAUUAAAUUCGAUGAUGAUGAUGAUCGAAUGCUUGAAAGUGUAACAGUAGCAUAUGAAUUAGAACAAAUAGAAACAGGAAUUUUGUUCAUCCCGAAUCGAUUCAAUGUUCCAAAAUUAGUGACACGAUUACACAAAUUCGGGCUCCCGGCAAAAGAAUUGGCAUCCGAUGUGAUGCAAAAGAUAAAAGAGCGUCCCUUGCAUUUAUUUGGGAACAUAACACAGAACACUCUGUAUGUGGCAACGGAAUUUUCCGCGCGUGGAAUUGAUAUACCAAGUAUCUCGCAUGUUUUCAUCUUGGGAAUGCCCAGUUCGGCCGCUUGUUAUUUACAUAUGGCGGGAAGAACGGGACGAAUGGGUAGAGUGGGCAAAGUUAUUAGUUUUAUUAGGGAUUUGGGUGGAUCUGAAUCAAAGAUAAGGACUAUGCUUAAAUUAUUAGAGAUAGAUGUUAAACCUUACGAGCACGUUGAAUAA